GCUGAGUUUAGCGCUUCGCGUGAAUGGUUUUUGAAUUCCUUCCCCCCUGGUGAGGUUAAUCGGCAAAGGGCAAAAACCCAUGAGAUGUUAUAUCGUACUUAUAUUCUUGGGGAGGCCAAUGCCCGCUCUGCCAACCAUCAGAUCGUUCGCGAAUGGCGGACGAUGGUCAGAGAACGUGCCGAUUGGGAGGGUUACCGCGAGCGUACUCUGAAGCGAAUUGCGGAGUUUGAGAAGUCGAAAGCUGCGCUCGACGAAGAAAGAGCCAAGUUUGAGGCUGACAAGAAGGCGGAGGAGUGGGGCCGCGAGGGGCUGCAGAAAAAACUCCACAAUGCUGAGGAGCAACUGGCCAAGGAGAAGGCCGAGUUCAAACGUAUAUGCGCCCAAGACAACGAGCGUACUUAUGCUCUACGACAGAAGAUCGUUGGUCUUGAGGCUACAGUUGCGGACUUGACCUCAAAGGUGGAGGAAGCGCAGGGUGAAAAAACUGCCAAGCAGCAGAUGGAGGUUGAGCUGACUGAAGCCAAGGUGCAAUUGUCUAACAAGGACAAGGAUCUCCAUGCCAAGGACGUUGAGAUAGCGGAACUCAAGCGUCGCUUGAAUGAGCAAAUCGACAGAUGCGAGUCUUUGGAGAUUGACCUUGAGGCUGAGAAGGUCAAGGCUGCUGAUGCUGAGGAGGCGCGUGCUGUGAGCACUGCCGCGCUGAAUGUGGCUCAAACCAACUACUCUGAGGCUCAAGGUAUCGUCGAUACACUUGUCUCAGAAGCGGAGUGGAUGCGCACUCGUGGAGUAGUGAUGGUUGCCAACUCCAUCUUGAAUGCGAACGAGCUAGAUCGCGCUGUGGCGGCUCUGACAGAUGCGGCGCGUGCGGUGGGUCAUCGAGGAGGUUACCUGGAGUGUGCUGAUCAUGUUGAGCAAAUGCUUGGGCAAGAAUUUGACACAAGCCACUGCUCAGUAACAGAUCGUGCCGAUGCUGCGCUGGCAAGUGCUGAAAAUUCCUAUGACAACCUCUCCUUGCCUAUCAUGGAGUUGGUUGUUGAAUCGUUAAAGAAAGACGACUGGUGCCAGCGUCUUAAGGCAAUCCUCGACCCACCGGUCACCGUCGAGUUGUCCGACGAAGAGCCAGCUGGUGAUGAUGGCGGUGAUGGUGAUGAUGAUGCGUAUAGCCUUCUUGAAGUUGGUGACCGUAUAGCAACAGGUACAGAUUUAGGAACCGGUACGGGAGUAGUUGUUGUGGUGGAUGAUGCUUGUUUCGGUGGUGCUGUUGUGGCGGAAGCCGGUGGUGGGGCGGAAUGGGUGGAUUUUGCGGCUGUUGAUGCAGGUAAUGGUUCAGAAAAGAAAUCGGUUGGUGAUUGGAUAUGGGUUUGGGGGGCUUCCCAUGCGGUUUGA